AUGUGUUACUGUGAAACACCAGAUAAAGAAAGCUCCAGCGUUGAUAAAUGUUACAAAAUCGACGGUGGGAUUCUGGAAACUGAGCAGAAGAGGUACGCGAGCUUUCGUCGUGUGCGCGGAUUAGGUCACACGACUGUUUCCGAAUUGCUAAUGGCAAUACAGGAAAAGGUUCUAUUUGAUACGUUUUCACAUUUUUCCGAAUAAAGUAAUACAUAUCGUUGCAUUGACACCCACUACAGAACGAUCAUUUGGUGCAUUGCGGAGAUUAAAAGUUACCUCUGCAGCACCAUGGAGCAACAAAGUAUCGGUAACGGCAUCGCACUUAUUAACUUUCAAAGGGCAUAUGCCAACUCUGUAGUCAGCAAUGGAUCGUAUCAUUGA